UCCGCCCUGUCCCUGUUUAUAGUGGAUUCAAAGGUGUGAACAGUCUUUGAGUUAUAUAAAUUUGACAGCAUGAUGAGAGUUCACUGAGCUACGUAUCAGUAUCAGUCAAGGUUCACUCGAUUUGGAUGGUGGUUUAAUGGGAUAUCCAUGAACUGAUAGCUGAAGUGGACAGAGAUAACACUUUUAGUUUUAGAUUAGCUGCAUUUACCUCUUAUCACAUCCUGUUACAUAGGCAUGGUUACUGUUGUACAAUGUGCAUUCAGCUCUUGGUACUCAAAACUACUGUAGCAUGGAAUCAAAGGCCUGAGUGGACAGAACACGAAAACCAAGCCUUUUUUUUCUGACACGUUGAAGACCAAGCCUUGUUUUCAUGACCAUGCUCCAAUCAGAAUCCGAAUCAUCAAAUGAUUACUACAGUAGAAGCAAGUGACAGGGCACACUCGAGGCCAGGUAGGCAGGACACGGGCCGGGAAGCGAAAGCCCUCUUCGCUGACGCCGAGCAGAGUCCCACCCUCUCCUGGCCUCCUCUUCUCUUUUCGGCACUCCUGCGCGAUCAAAUCCGAUUCAACGGCCGGGAAAAAACCAUCGAGGAAGAAACCCAAAAAAGAAAAAAAAAAAGAGAAAAAAAGGGAGAGAGAGCCCAAGCCGAGACGAACACGAGGAAGCAAGGAGCGAAGCAGCCACGAGCGAGCCCAUCCCAACCCACGAAGCAGGAGCAGCAGGCAGCCGCCUCCCCGCGCGCCCGAGCAACGCCGCGGAGAGCAGCCCGCCCGCCGGCGAGCACCGAGGGCGCAAUUCGUCCCCGGCUGGUCCCCGACCCGGUUCCCCGCCAAUCCCAAUUGCUUCCCCCCGCCCGGAGGUCAGCUCAAUUCCUGCUGUUUCUCGGAUUCGAUUCGGUUCCGCCAGGCGCGCUGUCGUCCUCGCCGGAGAUCCAGGCGGUACGAGCUCGCCGGAAUUCGGCGGGGUCGGGGAUCAUGCCUCCAUUGCUCUAGGGUUUGGGCAAGUAAUCGAAUUGGCUUGCCAGGCCUCGCAGCCUCUAUGCUCGAUUCGGGCCUGCCACGCCGCUCCCUGGGAGGCUCCGUGAUUUUGCGGCGAUUGGUGCGGCGCCAGUGGAGAUGAGAUCCCCUCCAUGGCCGGCGAGCUGGGAAUUGGGGCGUUUGCUGGGGUUGUAAUUGUAUGGACACACUAAGGGAGGAGGCAUGGCCAGUGGCUGCACCACAGCAGCGGCAGCAACCACCAGUGCCCCGACCGCAGCAGCAGCAACAGCAGAAUGGCCGUAUUGAUCUCAAGGAGCUGAAGGCUCAGCUGGAGAAGCGGGUUGGUCUGGAUUGCUCGCGGCGAUAUUUUGGCUACUUGAAUGGCUACUUAUCGGAGAGGCUCAGCAGGCAAGACUUUGAAAAGCUAUGCCUGCAGACCCUGGGGCGGGAGAACCUCCAGCUGCACAACCACCUAAUCCGCUCAGUUCUCUACAAUGCCUACCAAGCAAAGUGCCCGCCUCCACCAUCGGAUGUGGGGAGACCUGUGGGAGCAUCAGUAAAGAAGGUUUCUAAGGCUGCUGAAGUGUUGAAUGCUUGCAAUGGAGAUGCCAGAUUGUUACAGGUUCAGGGAUCAAGGCCUAUUGGCAUAGUGCAGGAUCAUACAUUGAAAAACCGGAUGAAUAACAUGGGUCCAAAUUGUAGGGUGAUUGCUGCUGUCAAUCACAACCAGGUUGCUCAUGGUGUUUCUGGAUCUCUGGAGAAUGGUACUCCAAGUCCACUUGAGUUGAAGAGAUCAGUGCAUUUUCAACAGUGCGAACCUGCAGAGCCAUUGGCAAAGCACCCACGCGUGGAGCAGUUGCCACCCAAUAAUCUGCUCUUGCAGAGAAGUAUGAGCAGCACUGCAGAACAGUCCGCUGAAAUUUUGAAAAGUCCUGUCCGAGCUCCACUCGGAAUUCCGUUUUGUUCAGCAAGUUUGGGUGGUGCAAGGAAAUUUCCACCACCACCAACUGGUGCAAGCGAGGGUCGCUUUAACAGCUGUUUUGAUCAUGGUGGGCUGUCCAACACUGAGUUGCUGCAUAGACGGAUGGAGAAAACAGCAGAAACACUGGGCUUAGCUGGUGUCACAAUGGAUAGUGCAGAGCUUCUGAAUAAUGCUCUGGAUAAGUACAUGAAAAAUCUGAUUAGGUCAUCUGUUCAGUUAAUAGGAGGUAGUGUUCAGAGGAAUGCAAGGAAAGGGACGCCAUCAUACAAGCAGCAGGCUUACGGAAAGCAGAUUAAUGGUGUCUUGCUGCCAAACCAUGUUGACAUGCAAUCAGGCAGUGGGCCAUCAGAAGCCUCAAAUGAGAUCAGAAGUAAUCACUUGAUCUCCAUCAAUGAUUUUAAAGUAGCUAUGCAGCUAAGCCCUCAGCAGUUAGGGGAGGACUGGCCAGUCCUUCUGGAGAAGAUAUGUCUAUGUUCUUCAGAGGAAAAUGACUGACAGAUGGCGCUUUUUGACUUCACAUGAAGCUUUGUACCAUUGUGCUUCUUGGUGCCCAUCCGAUGUACAUUUGAGCUGGAAGUGGCAAGACUACAGGCACAACACAGAAUAUGCACAUACGGAGUCAAGGCAGAAUUCUGCUUUUGCGUUCAGCUGUCAGAGUUGUAGUGAAAAGAAGAGAUUCUUUUUCCUGAUAAAUGAUGCCUGAAUAAAGGAAAACAUCUUGUCCAUGCAGCUUAGGCCUCAUUAGCACUUACAGGGUGGAUAGUGUUACAUCCGAAAGUCCCAACUUCUAUGUAACAUCUGGCAUAAGGGACUGGGGCAGCAAAAUGCAAGUGCUGUCUUGUAACUUAUAGGAAAAAUGUUCUGUAAGUUUCUAGAUCAGGAUGUACAUUAUUGAUUGCAAAAUUUUCUAGGUAUCUUGAGUACUAAUUUCAGGGAUAUUGAGUGUUAAUUUUAUUUAAUUCUUUUGUAACUGUGCUUCAAAAAGUAUAUGUUAGAUCUCUAAUCUUUUACUUCUCUCAUAUGUGGACAUAUCUGGCUUUGGGGUUAGGUUGGUGUGCCCAUACAUCUUUUGGCGUUUAUACUCUACUCAGGAUAUAUUGAUGAUGAUGCUGUGUUUUAUGGUUUUCACAUGUCUGAAAUGGACCCCAUUUCAAAAAUUGCGAUGCUUGGCUCUUUCUAUUAUCCAACCUUUAUUUUCCUUUUUGAACUAUUUCAAUAUUUUGUUUCGGAGAAAAGACAAGAUAUCUGGUCUCUGGUGUCA